UUGAGGUUAGUGCUUUCGUGCCAUUUUCUUCGGGUUUUUAAUUUCUAUUUAAGGCCUAAAAGUAUAAGGGCAUCUAUUACUUUUUGGAAAUCGCAACCUGCUCCAUUAUCUUCGGUCGUAAAGAAAUACUUCAGGUUAGUCCAAUGCAAGGAUGAGACUUGCCUUAGUAAAAGAGCUGAUCACUUGAGAGCGGAGUAUUCGGUUGACACCAAGUCUUCUCUUGCUCUUUCAGACGUAUGGUCCCUUAUUAAACCUCAUUUUGGCUGGUUCCUGGCUGCUAUCAUUAGCGCUGCACUUGUUGCAGUGGUUAAUAUACAACUUCCAUUAUUUCUGGGAGAAUUAGUCGACAAGAUGGUUCAAAUCAUAAAAGAUCAGUCAAAAGGUGUUGCCAGCAACUUGAACAUAGUUAAACCGGAGGCAGUCAAACUUCUCUUGUGUUAUACUACCCAGGCUUUACUUACCUUUUGCUACAUAACUUUCCUAACAAUUCUUGGUGAACGUAUGGCUUCUGAUUUACGCGUUAAAUUGUUUAGUCAAUUGGUAUUGAUGGACAUGUCUUUUUACGACUCUCAGAAAACGGCUGACUUGUCAAAUAGACUGAAUGUUGAUGUAGAAGAAUUCAAAAGCUGUUUCAAACUUGUUAUUGCCCAAGGUCUAAAGACAGUGGCUCAGGUAACUGGCUGCUUUUUAAUCAUUAUUCGUAUUUCUCCCAAAUUGACUCUCUAUACUGUCGCAGUUAUUCCACUGGUUAUUGGUAUCGGUACAUUGUUUGGAGCACUAUUACGAAAUUUAAGCAGAAGAGCGCAAGCACAAUUUUCUGCGGCGUCUUGUGUCGCCGAUGAAGCAUUUGGAAAUAUUCGUACAGUUAGAGCAUGUGCUAUGGAACAACAAGAGUCGAGAUUAUUCGAAAGAGAAGUGCGAAAGGCUUGUUCCAUGCAGGAAAUUUUAGGGAUGGGAAUAGGCUUGUUCCAAGCCGCUUCGAACUUUUUCUUAAAUGGAAUUGUUUUGUCAGUUCUCUAUGGAGGAUCUAUUUUCAUAAAUUCAGGCGAAAUUACACCUGGCCAAUUGAUGUCAUUUCUGGUAACAGCGCAGACCAUCCAAAGAUCAAUGAGUCAAUUUUCGAUAUUGUUUGGUACAGUAAUAAAGGGUUGGACGGCUGGCGCUCGAGCGUUUCAGUUUGCGAAUCUGCAGCCUACUAUACGAAAUGACGAUGGUGUUUGUAUUCCUUAUAACACUCUUUUUGGUGAAGUUCGUUUUGAAGAUGUCGAAUUUGCAUACCCUACGCGACCUGAACAUCAAGUAUUUGAGAGACUAAACCUUACCAUUCCAGCAGGACAAGUUGUUGCAUUAUGUGGACCUAGCGGAGAAGGGAAGAGUACAAUCACUUCAUUACUAGAGCGAUUCUAUGAACCGUUUUCCGGCCGAGUUCUUUUGGACGACCGUGACCUUAGGACACUCAAUUUGGAAUGGUUACGCGGUCAGGUUAUUGGACUUAUUUCUCAAGAGCCUGUUCUGUUCGCCACCACUAUUGAAGAGAAUAUUCGGUACGGUAGGCCGGGUGCUACACACAGUGAAGUGAUGCAAGCAGCUGAGCUUGCUAAUGCUCACGAGUUUAUCACCGCAUUUCCUGACGGGUAUAACACCGUUGUUGGGGAACGUGGGGUCCAACUUUCUGGUGGUCAGAAGCAGCGGAUAGCGAUUGCACGAGCCCUACUAAAAGAUCCCCCUAUUCUGGUUCUUGACGAAGCAACGAGCGCUCUGGAUUCAGAGAGUGAAAACUUGGUACGUGAAGCUUUAGAUCGAGCUAUGAGAGGCAGAACUGUUAUUAUAAUUGCUCAUCGAUUAAGUACUAUACGAAAUGCUGAUCUUAUUUGUGUUGUUAAAAACAAAAAGAUAUGCGAGCAAGGUUCGCACGAUGAUUUAAUAAAAAGAAAAGGUGUAUACUAUAAUCUGAUAAAAUCGCAAUCCAAUGCCACUUUGUAG